AUGUUGGCAGUUGCCAGCGAUGACGUUGAUGAUGGUGCUGGCAAUGGUGGUGGCAUUGCUGGCCGCCUUCUUCUCUUAUUUCCAUUCAUUGUAACCGUUAGUCCCAUUUCCGACCCAUCGUUUUUUGGCCGCUCCUAUAACAAUCUAUCAUCGAUAUCGGAUUGCAAGAACAAUGGCGAGUGUAUCAUCAACAAAAAGAAUCGCACAGCCUGCAAGGCUUGCCGCCUACGCAAAUGUCUGAUGGUGGGCAUGUCCAAGAGCGGCUCCCGUUAUGGCCGCCGUUCCAAUUGGUUCAAGAUUCAUUGUCUGCUGCAAGAGCAACAGCAACAAGCGGCUGCUGCCAUGGCAGCUCAUCAAAACCAGCAUCAGCAGCAGCAACAACAGGUGGGCCAUCAUCAUGGUGGGGGAGGAGCUUUGAGGGGUGGUAUACCUCCGCCGGCAGCUGCUGCAGCGGCUUUGGGUAUGUUGGGCCAUGCUGGAGCCUACCCGGGACUCUAUCCCCCGCGCACCAAAGAGGAGCUGAUGAUGCUGAGCCUCGAGGAGUAUGCCAAACAUCCGGUGGCCUCUCCCUCGGUUAGUUCACCCGACUCUCAUAACUCUGACAGUUCAGUGGAGGUUAAUGGCAGAGCUGCAGCAGCUGCGGCGGCGGCAGCAGCCAAUUCGGGCCUUCUGCAUUUAUCGGGAAAACAUGGUGGCUUGGAGACGGGCCCCGCAACGGCUAAUGCCACGGUUCCUCAUACCCUUAGAAAAGACCUACCUCCCUUCUUGCCUCUGUCAUUUCCCGCCCUCUCCUCUAUGCCCGUUAUGCCACCGCCCAGUUUUCUACCUCCCUCGCAUCUAUUGUUCCCUGGCUAUCAUCCUGCCCUCUAUCAACAUGCCCAUGCGAGUCUGCUUAAACCCUCGCCGGAGCAGCAAGCCGCCGCGGCGGCCAUGCAUCAAUUAUUCCAAAAUACUCCUCGCUUUCAUGGUAGUCCUUUAGCAAUGCAUGAAAAUCAUCACCCUAAAAUGCAGGAGGAAAAGCCUGAAAGUCCUCCCAGAUCAGAUGCCUUGAACAACAAUCACCUACCCAAUGGCAGUAAGGCGGCAGAAGAAUUAACCAAACGUUUCUAUUUGGAUGCUGUAUUGAAAUCGCAGCAAUCGCAUACACCACCGCCAGCGCUAACGACCAAAUUGCCCGCUAUUAGCAAGCAUGACCAUUCCAUAACCGCACUGGUGACCCCCAAUUCAGAGAGCGGAAGGGCUCAGAAUACCUCGCGACAAAGCAAUGAGGAUGAGGAAUGUGACGAGGAUGCCAGAAGUAGGGCAGGUGAUAACAAAAAAUCUUUAAAUGAUUCGCUAUCUAAUGGUCAUGAUAGUGAUGGGCCCACAGCGAAUGCAGCAGAUGAUGACGAGGAGGAGGAGGAAGAUUUGGUGGUAUCCAUGACUCCGCCCAGGUCUCCCUUAGAGGUAAAUGAAUGUCCUAAAAUAGUGGAAGAAAGAGGUGUAACAGCUUCGGAAGAGGAAUCUAAGCCUUUGGAGAAUGCGGCAAGGACCUCGGCCUCUUCUCAGGAUAAUCCCAUUGAUUUAAGCAUGAAGGCGGUCAGUUCGGUCAGUAGCUCGGUUAGCAAUAGCAGCAGAGCAAGCACAGAGCCAUUGGCCAAUAGUAAAUGUGAUUCCUCCUCUGACCAGGAGAAUGAAAGUGAUAAUUUGGUGGUGGAUAAUUGGAAGACAACCACCAAGGAGGUCAUAAAAAUUGGUCUAAACAAUAAUAACAACAAUAAUGAAAGUGAAUUGGAUACCCGGGAGAACGGUAAAGGACACAAAAGGGGCCUAGAGGAGGAUGAUAAGUUGCUGGAAGAUGAGAUUCCCAGAAAAGUAACUAAAAUAGGAGGAUCGGCUUUGGAUUUGACAAAUAAGGUAUAGAAAAUAAUUGAAAAAAAAACAACAACAAUCAGCAGAAAUCGAAAAUUAAAAAAAAAAUCUUAAGAUCAUCAA